UACCUAAGAGAGAACCCCUCCUACGUCUGCGAAGUGCUCCGAACUGAUAUAUGACAAUAUCUACUUUGGAUCACGUGCUCGGGGAGAGAGACUAAGACGGAUAACGCGUCAUCUCGCCUUCCCAAAUUUUCCCCCCUCGCUAGAUCGGGUCCAAAACCUCCAUCUGGAGCCGGCAGGAGAAGAGAACGAUGUUUAACUCGGUCAACCUGGGCAACUUCUGCUCGCCGUCGCGCAAGGAGAGGGGCGCUGAUUUCGGCGAGCGAGGGAGCUGCGCCUCCAACCUCUAUCUACCCAGUUGCACUUACUACGUGCCCGAGUUCUCCACGGUCUCCUCCUUCCUGCCCCAGGCCCCCUCUCGUCAGAUCUCCUAUCCCUACUCAGCCCAAGUGCCCCCGGUCCGGGAAGUCUCAUACGGCCUGGAGCCAUCCGGCAAGUGGCACCACCGGAACAGCUACUCCUCCUGCUAUGCAGCGGCCGACGAGCUUAUGCACCGGGAGUGCCUGCCUCCUUCCACGGUCACCGAGAUCCUCAUGAAAAACGAAGGCUCCUACGGCAGCCACCACCACCCCAGCGCCCCGCACGCAGCCCCUGCCGGCUUCUACUCCUCAGUCAACAAGAACAGCGUCCUGCCUCAAGCCUUCGACCGUUUCUUCGACAACGCCUACUGCGGUGGCGGCGACGCGCCUACCGAGCCCCCCUGCCCAGGCAAGGGCGAGGCCAAGGGGGAGCCUGAGGCGACCCCGGCCUCGGGACUGGCGUCCCGGGCUGAGGCGGGGGCCGAGGCGGAGGCCGAGGAGGAAAACACGAAUCCCAGCUCGUCCGGUUCAGCCCACUCCGCGGCCAAGGAGCCGGCCAAGGGAGCCGCCCCCAGUAGACGCCCCCCGCACCCGCAAGAAGCGCUGCCCUUAUUCGAAAUUCCAGAUCCGGGAACUGGAGAGAGAGUUUUUCUUCAACGUGUAUAUCAACAAAGAGAAGCGGCUGCAGCUGUCCCGCAUGCUGAACCUGACGGACCGACAAGUGAAAAUUUGGUUUCAGAACAGAAGGAUGAAAGAAAAAAAACUAAGCAGAGACCGGCUGCAGUAUUUCUCCGGAAAUCCUCUGCUGUAACUGCAGACCGGGCCCUUCACGGGGGUGGGGGGUGGAAGGGGAAAAUUAUUUUAUUUUAUUUUUAUUUUUUAUUUUCUAAACUCGCCUUCUUUCCGCGGGUGGAAAACUGGACUGUGGCCAGGGCUGGCCCCCACUGCCGAUGCCCGCACUUCUUUCUGGAACCUCCUUCACCUUCCGUCUGACUCGCUGUGGGACAGGGACCGGGCCUGGAAAGAGGGUGAAGGGAAGUGUCUAACCCACAGCGAGUGGACUUCGUUGGCGCGGAGGCCAAGACUCUAUUUAAAAGAAAACACACCUCGCGACAAUGUCUUGCUGCUCCGAUUGGGUGGGGGAGGGGCGAGAGUAGUGGGCGCCUGAGGGAACAAUCCUUGAACUAUAAGCCUUCCCUUGCCCCAGUGAUAAGAUCUGCUAAGACACCGUGUCUACGAGGGGAGACUUCUUGCUCUCCCCACCCCUACCCCACCUCGCCCCACUGCUAGGGGGCAGCUAAAUGUGAUCCUGCCUUGCUGUGAAAUUUCUGUACCUUCGACCUGGUGUUAGGUGUGCAAAGUCCGUGUCCUACCUCCGUCUGCGCCCAGGCCCCGCCUGAGCCUAGUUGUUCUCCCCGUGACCGUGUAGAGCCCCUCUUUUGAAAUUUCUUAACUGGUGCAUUGAGGUUUCCUAACCUAUUUCCCAGCCGUGCCCUACUCCAUGGAUUUAUAGCUAUAGUCUAUGCAGUUGUUACCUCCCUUAAAAAAAAAAAAAGACAAAAAAAGAGAUUAGGGUGGAGGAGGCAGGAGGGAGGUGAGAUUGGACGCCUCCCCCAUGCUGGGGCCUGAAUUUUUGUAAAUAAAUUUCACUAGCGUUUCUUUUUACCCAGAGGGAAUGGGGUGGGGGGGAGGACUCUCCUGGAAUGAGAUUCAAAUCACCCAUCUCUCUCCAUGAGUGUGAGUGCGCGUGUACGUGUGCAAUCCCCACCCGGCUCCCAUCCCAGAGGGAUUGCUGUGAAUUUUUUUUUUGUGGCAAAUAAAGAUAUUUCAUUCUGUUCAA